AUGGAUAAUCGCCUGUGUGGAAGGUUUGAUACAUUGAGAAACUAUUUACCCGAUGAAUCAGGCAAAAACGCACUUGAACUAAAAACUCUUAAAAAUUUUAAUAAUUAUUGCUCUAAUGGAGGUUCAGGGGAAACAGAAUGUAAUAAUGAGGUCGAUAAAAUUAAUGGUGGAUGUUUAUGGUUGUUCGAGCAAAAUAUUGUUAAUAGGAUUAGUACUUUAAGUAAAGAUUACUCUAAAGUGUUUAUUAUAUACGUCAUGAUAUGGUUAGGUCAUAUGUUAAACCUAAAGGAUGUUAAUGAUUUUAAGAAUAUAAAUGAAUUUUUCACUAAAUAUAAAGAAAGCAAUACGCAUUAUACUAAGUGUAAUAAAGAAGGUAAAGAUUGUAGUAAUUCAUUAAAAGAAAAAACGGAAUAUAAUAAUUUUAAGGAGUUCAUAGAAAAAAACGAGUAUUUGAUGAAUAUUGGUAUUAAUGAUAUAUCUAAUUUUUAUGAUGCAUUUAAACCAUUAUGUAAAAUGUAUACUGAACUUAAUGCAAAUGAAUCAAAAUGUGAGGAAUGUUUAAAAAAUGCUAAAAAAUUUGUUGAAAAAUAUAAUGAACUUAAUGCUUCUGAUAUUGAUGAAAAUAGUCCUUAUUAUCAAGUACUGUCUACAUUAUCAAAUGAUUAUAAUAAUUUUAAAAAUUAUUGUAGUAUAAAUAAAGUUGAUUGUGAUGAUAUUCCAUCUCUUUCACCGAUAAACACAACAAAGAAAAAUUUACAAGGUUCUGAACUGAGUUUUGAAGAUACAUCAUCAAGUUCGUCAAUAACAAGCAAAUUAAUUCCAGUUUUGUCGAUAAUUGUUGCAAUACCAAUAUUCUUUGCAAUUGUUUAUAAGUAUUCGUUAUUUGGAUUUCGGAAACGAUCUCAAAAACAAAAAUUAAGAGAAAAACUAAAAAAAUAA